AUGCUAAAAAAGAUUACUUAUGGAUGUCAAAUAUCGUUGUCCUUAUGUACAGAAAACGAGACUUACCUUUCUACUGACUAACUUAAUGAUAAUUUAUUAGUUCAUAAGGUGACUCAUUAGAAUGAGAUUCUGAACUUUGAAAAAUGCAUUUUUAUGAUCAUACCUGUUCUCAAUCACUUUUGGGUUGGCAAAUUAGUAGAGUUAGUUAGAAAUGACAUUGACAAAGAAAUCAAUAAAAAGGGUAGUUUAAUUGAGCAUCAUAGAAUCCACAAUAUAAUCUAGACAACAGACUAUAAAAUGUUAUGAAAACAAUCUUGAUGAAGAAAUGAUGGCCAAUCUUUCAUGCUUCCAAAAACUACAAGACACUUCAUUACUAUUUGGAACAUCCACUUUUCAUUUAGUUCAUAAAGAUUCUCUACGAUUUGUAAUGAUAGAUUAAGAAUCUAUUCAAUUAGUUGAAUUCCCUUCUGAGUAUACUGUAUUACAUUUCUAACCAGUUUAUUAAUAUCAGAAAUAGAUAUCCUGCAUAUUAGAUUAAGAGACUGUAACUCUUUGUGCUGCGAAAUCAAUUUAAAAUAGAAAAUGUUAUUUACGAUUAAUUUCUAAGGAUUCAACUGAAUAAGUAUCAUCUACAUAAACAAAUCCCACUUAUUUAAAAAUGAAUUUAUAUAGUACAUUAUAAGAAAAUGAAGAUUUCUUAUAUGCAGGUGAUCUAAUUGCACUUAAUUUAAGUGAAACUAAUGUAUAUCAUUCAUAAUAUUAUUUAAGUUAUUUUUGAAUGCAAAAUAACCAUAUGAUACAUUUCAUGAAAUAGCUGAGUAUUAAAUUAAAAGACUUUAAAAUUAAUUAACUUCAUUGACUCUUUCUAAAAUAAUAUAUGAAGAUCUAAAAGUGACAUUUGAUGAUGUAAUAGAAAGAAUAGGUAUGAAGAGAAUUCAAAAACUUUAAAGUAGUUCAUAUUGGAAAAUUGAAAAAACUAACGGAUAAGGUGGAUAAAUAUUAUUUUAUUAAUUGGUGAGAUUUAAACAUAAUUAAUCAUCUAGAUAUUUAGAAUUAUUAAAUGGUAAUCCAAUAUUAACAAAUCAAUUAAGUAAAUUAUCAUUAUUUAUGUUAAUACCAAUAGAUCAAGGAUAAAAACUAUUAAAAAAAGAUUCUUAUUUUAAAAUUCAACAUUAUUAAUCUGGAGAGUUUUUAGAAGAUUAAAAUAAUUAAUAAGAAAAUAGAAACAUUAAUAUUUUAAGAUUAAGAAAAAUUGGAGAAUAUGAAGACACAGAAACUAAGUUAUUAUAAUAUUCUGUUAAAAUUUUUAUAGAAGCAAUUGAAUUAAUAUAAGAAAUUUAUGAUUAAGAAAUUAAAUGUUCUUAAUAUGAUAUAAAAAAUAAAGAAGGAGAAAUUAGAUUAAAAAUUAAGUUUUAUUUUAUUUAUUAAAAACUUAAACAAGUAUUAAUUUAUGUAAGCGAUUUUUUGAUGAAUAAAUUAAUUUCUAAUUUAUCUCCAAAUCAAAAAUAUAAUCAAAUCUCAUUCAUUAGACAAGAUGUAAUAUAUAAAUAUUUAUGAAAUUUUAGUCUUUUAGAUAAGAACCUUUAUUUCCACUAAUUUGUUUAUUAUUUUAAAUGUUAAAACCAGAAUUUGUUGAUCCAAUAGCUUAAAAUGAUAAAGAUUACUUUGAAAAAGAGGAAAAGUUUUAUUAAAUAACCAAAAAUAUUAGUAGAGCUGACAGAGAUGAAGGGAGAAUAAUAAGUUAUUAUCGUUAGUAAAUUAAAAUACUAUAAGUAUAAUUAAUUGAAACUAUAAACAUUGUAUAUUAUAACAAUCUAUAUUAUUAGAUAUGUAAAGACAAUAUUGAAAAUUAGAAUUGCUUUUUUUAGUUUUUACCCAUCCUUCAUAAUCAUAUAAUAUUAUACCCUGAAUUUAUAGGAAUUCUAAAUAAUUUAGUUAGUAAGAAUCGUUUUUUUUUAGAAGAACUUUCUAAAAUUAGAAAAAGUAAAUAUUCAUUAUUAUUAAUUAAAUAGUUUCAUCUAAUAAACCAAAUAAAACAACAUUUAUUCUAGAAUGGUUGACAGAGAAAGUAUCAUUAAAUCCUGCAGCCAAAAAAAAAACUACUGAUAUUCCAAAUAGUUAAAAAACUGAAAUUUUGCAUUUCUUAGCAGUGUGUUGUUCUUUUGGAGUAGAAGCUAUAUUUGCAAAUCAAGAAAUGAUAUUUAAGACAUUAAUAAAUAAGAAAAAGAAUAUAACUUUAAUGAAAUGUGUUGUAGAUGAAGAUAAAAAUAUUAUUGUUUCAUGUAAUGGUAAGAUGGGACCAGUUUCUAUUAAAUUUGAAGCAUAUUUUGAACAUGCUCAUAAAAAUUCUAAUCCUCAUUUUUAAGAAGAACUUAAUUUUUUAAAAGCUUAAUUCUUUUUAUAUUCUUAAUUAUGUUUAUCUAGAAAUUAUGAUUCAAUUAAAUAUUUUGGAGAUCAAUUUAGUGAUAAUUCAUUAGUACCUUUAUUAAAUAAUAGUUAAAUAGAUCUAGAUCCAGAAUUAAGAGCUCAUUUGAUUGCUUUAUGCAAAAAUAUUUAUUUAGAUAGAGAUCCUUUAAUUUCUUAAGUCAAACCAACUUUAAUUAGAGUAAAUAUAAAUAAUAGUCAAACAUUUUUUGACAAUAUGUUUUUUGAAGAUGAUGAUGGAAUAUUUGAAAAAGUAGAAUUAGAAACUAAAUCUUUAAAUUAUGUCAUUGUUUAAUUUAAAGAGAUAUUAAGUUCUUAUUUAACAUAAAUGGUUAAGAAUCUUCAUCUAUAAUAACCAUAAAAAGUUUACAAUCUUCUAACUUUAUAAAUAAUGAGAAUUUUAUUUAUGUUAUUAUAAUUUGGAUCGUUUUCUAAAUAAAAUGAUGAAAUGAGUAAGUAAAGAAUGGAUGAUCCUAAAGACAUUGAAUUAAUUUUAGAAACACUUAUUUAAUAAUUAUCAUUAUUACUUGAAUAUGACUAUGAUUAUUAGAAAGCACAUUCAAAAUUUAAAUUAAAGAAUGUUAAUGAAAAAUUAGCUAAAAUAAUUAAAAUUUAAUCAUUAAAGUUUUUUAGGAAAGCUGAAUAAAAGAAAAUAAAUAAAAAUAGCAUUGAAACUAUUAGAGAUCCUCUUCUAAGAAAACUUUAGAAUGUAAAGCGAGUAUUAAAUAGAUUUUACAAUAAAACUUUUAGUGCUUAAACUAAUACAUCAGAUUAUGAAAUAGAAAUAAAAAUAGAAAUAUGCAAAAUAUUUUAAUAUCUUUUAGAUAUGAGAUUAGAUUUUAUGAUUGAUAAUGCAAUUGCUUUUUUUACAAAUAUUUUUUUACCCUCUGUUUCUAAGAAAUCUACAAAUUCUGAAAAAUAACAAUUGCAUGAUUCAGUAGAAAAUAAAUCUAAUUUAUAAAAUCAUAUAGUUUAUUAUAGAAAGAAAUAUUUAUCUUCUUUAUUAGGAUUAUUGAGAGAAGAUCUCUUAAAACCAGGAUAAAAAAAGUUUUAAUAAAGAGGAAUUAAAGAUCAUGUUUAAUUAAAUAGAAUUAGACAUUUUGAUAGAAUAAUAGAUCGUCCAUUUAUUGAAGUAUUAUUGAAAGGUUUCUAUUUUGCUAAUGAUCAUGUAUUAUAAAAUCAUUUUGUUGAAUUAAUUGAAAGAUUUUAAAAUUAAAGAUCUGAAUUUUGUAAUUACUUAAAGUAAAUAUAAAUGAUAAUGACAAAUAAUUUGUAGAUCAUUUAUAGAACUAUGUAUAUAUUGGUUUAAAAGCUUAAAAAUAAUGUAUAAAAUUCUUAAAUUUGGUUACGUCUUGACAUUCCAAUAGCAUUAAAUGAAAAGAAUGAAGAAACAAUAGAAAAAGUAUUAGAGAAAUUAGUAGAAAUUUAUACAAUAAUUUCAAAAAAUGAAAUCAAUGAAAAAUCAGUUAGAAAAAUAUUUUUAAAUUGUGGUGGUUAUUAGGUUGUUCAUUAAUUAAUAGUUAAAUGUUUAUCUGUAAUAGAUGUAAAUAUGGAUAUCUUUGAAUGCAGUUUUGAAUUAAUAGAAUAUGAUGAAUAGAAAUAAUAUUAAUAAGAAUUAGCUGAAAAAAUAUUAUAAAUAUUUUAAGCAUGCCUUAGAUUAAUAGGUUUGGCUGUUAGAAAUGAUUAAUAAAAUUAGGAGUAAUAUAAAUAAUUAUAUAUAAUAGAUAUGUUCUAAUUAAAUUAGCAAGACCAUUAUUAAGAUAUAAUAUGGUGAAUUUAGGAUAGAUAGAGUUAAUUAAUGAAUUAUUUUCAAAUAAUCAUAAUUUACUACCUUUGGUGAAUUCUAGUGAUUUAUAUUAAUUAUUGGAAUAUGUGAAACUUUAUGGAAAAUAUCAAUCAUUUAUAGAAUUAUUUACAUCCAUAGUUAGAAAUAAGUAAUGUCAAUCUCUAUAUAAAGACAUUUAUUAAGCUUUAGUGUAAUGUGAGUCUAAAGAUAUCAAUGUAAAAAUUAAUAUAAUAAUUAAUAGCCUUUUUAAGAUAAUUAUAAUUUUCAAAAAUUCUACCCAAAUUAACCAAAUAUUGAAGAAUUUCGAUAGAGUUUCUUAAAAAUUAUUGAAGUUGUAUUAAUACAUGAUGAUCGAGCAGCCUUAUCAGUAAAAAUAUUAGAAGUUUUGGAUUUUACAGAUUUAACAUCUUAUUUUUUGGAGAAAACCCAUGAAAUGAGAAAUACAAAUUUAGAUUUAGAAUUAUAAGAAAGUAUUACAAAAGUAAAUUUUAUAUUAAUAAUAUAAGAUUAAAUUUGUUAUUUGUAAAAUUAUAUUUACUUUAUCAAAGAAGAAGAAAAAGUUAUUAUUAACUCAUGAUAGUUACUUUUUAUAAAUUAUAAGUAUAGAAGCAUCUUGGCUUGAAUAGUAAGAAUUUUUAUAAAUUUCUGCUAAAAAUUAUAUUAUAGAUGCGUUAUUACCUUUAGUAAAUACUUAUAAUGAGUAUACAAAUAAGAAAAAUUCAUUCAAGACAGAUAUACCAUAGAUUAGAAGUUAUGCUUUGAGUGUUUUAAAACAAUAUUCUCAAUUAACAAAAAAUAGUGAUUCAUCUACUAAAUAUUAAGUUCAUAGAUUAGUAAAAGCUUUUGAUUUAAAAGUUCCAGAUGAAAAAAGUGAAUCAGAUUCAGAUGAUAAUGAAGGAUUAAUGAGUGAUAUAAAUGGAGAAACUUUCAAAACAGAGAAAUUUGAAGAAUAUCAAGCAACUGAAGGUAGUGAUGGAUCUGAUUAAGGUUGUAAUGAUUUAGAACUUUGGGAAUUCUUUAAAAAAUUAUUUGAUAAUAAUCCAAAAAUAAAAGAAUGGACUGAAACUGAUUAAUUAGCUUAAUCAAUUUGGCAUGUUAGUGAUAUGUUUACUAAUGAUUUUUGGUAAGAUAAAGAAAAAAGAGAAUUAAUUUUAAGUAACGAUGAUAUAAUUUUAAAAAUGCUGUCAUUUGUUUAAUUUUGGAAAUCAAAUAAAGCUUCAAAAUAAAGUGCUAUUUUUGCAAUUAAAUUGCUAAUUCAAAUAAUUAAAAUUGAUUAAAAUAGAAUUAAAAUACUUGAUUAAUUAGGUGGAACUAAAGUUAUUUUAACAUUAAUUUGGGAAGAAAAUGAAAGUGAAAAUGACUACAUUAUUUAAUUAUUGAUUUUAAUUAAAGAACUUAUGAUUUGUAAAUAAGUUUAAAAAUCAACCUUAACAUUUUUAAGUCUUGCUAUUUCUAGUGAUAAAUUCUUUUAAAAAAUGGAAAUGCUUUUAACAAUAGAAUAGGAUUUAAAAAUUAGUACUUUAGUAUUAGAAAUUAUGGAAUUAAUGUGUAAUGAUAAUAAUAAAGAAUUAUAAAAUUUGAUGCGUUAUUAGAAGAACAAUAAAAAAUCAUAUGAUCUUGUUUAAUAAACAAUUAAUUACUUAUGCUCUUUAGAUAUUAAAAAUAAUUAUGAAUAAUUAAUAUAAUGCAUAAAAACAAUAAAAUCAUAAGUAUAUGCAUGUCGACCAAAUUAAAUAUUAGUAGCUAAUUCUAAAUUUGUUGAAUUCUCAAUCAAAGUAUUAAAUGAUUCAUCUUUAAAAUAAUCAUUAGAUAAUGUAUAAAUAAAUUAAUUAAAACACUAAUGUUUAAUAAUUUUACUGGUUGUUGCUGAAAUUAAUACAAAAGAUGACUAUAUAAUAUAGAAAUUAAAGAAAAUAGUUCCAAAGACUGUUUUAAUAUAACAUUUCGUUAGUGUUUAUCAUUAAAUGGUAAAUUUGUUUGGUGAAGAAGAUUAUUCAAAGUUAAUAUUUGUAAAUUAACCAAAUUUUAUAUUGGAAAGUGGAUUUAAUGCAUAUAUUUUAUAUGUAAUUUUGUCAGAACUAAAUUAUGUAGUUGAAGAUGUUGAAGAAUUCUCAAAAAAAGAUGAUGAAGGUUAAUUAGUUUAAGAUUUUUUGAAAGAUAAUAUAUUAAAUGAAUUAUCACGAUUAGGUUAAUCCUUAAUGUAACAUGGUUUAGAAUAAUUAAAUUAAAUAAAAUAGUAAUUAAGAGGUUAAGCAGAAGAAAAAAUGAAUAUAAUAAAAAAACAUGAAAUGAUGCAUAAAGCAUUUUAAUUUUACAAAAUGAAUACAUUACAAGUUGAAUUUGUAAAAGAUGAAGUACUUUAUUUGACAUAUUUUCCAAAAUUACCUUGUUUUUACUUGUUAAGACAAGAAAUAAAGAAAAAGUUUUUGGAUUAAGCAGAUAGAACAAGUACAAAAACAAAAAUAAUUAGUCUUGUUAAUUUUGUAGAUUCUGCUUAUAAAUUUAUGUUACAUUAAGAAGCUCUUAGAGAUUAUUUUAAGAAACAUAAAUUUUUGGAAAUUCUUGCAAGAAGAGGUAAAUUAUGGAUGCAAUUAGCAUUUUAUAAUGGAUUUUUAAUAAAUUUAAUAAUAAUUUUAAGUUAUACUUAAUUAGCAUUUCCUCCUGGAUAUUAACCAAAAGAUCUUGGUGUAAUUUAAUAUUUCAGAUUAAAUGAGCCAAGAUUCUUAGAGGAUUACAAUAACACAAAUACUAAAUAUUAUUUAAUGAUUUUGGCAUAUUUAAAUCUUUCAAUAAAGUAAAAUAUAUGAUGAUAAUUUUUUAGUUUUAUGGUUUUGUUCUUUUAUCUCAUUGACAAAGCCCCUGUUAAAUUAUAAUUUGUUUGGAAUGCUUGGCAUGCAUCUUCAUUAAUUGGACAUGUGAUUUCUGGUUUAAUAAAGGUGCUAAUCUCAAUAAUUGUUCUUGUUAUUGAUUUCGACAUCAUAUACUAUAUUUUGUAGAUAGCAUUUAAUAUUGUUGGAAUAACAAUUCAUCCAUUUUUUUUAGCAUUUCAUUUAAUUCAUAUUUUAUAUUUGGAACCACUCAUACCUAUUUUAAAGGCUGUAUGGUUAGCUAAAUUUAAAUUUAUUGGAUUAUGGUUUACAAUUGUUUUAUUUGAAUAUUGGGUAGCUUUGAUAUCUUAUGUUUAUUUCUUUGAAUUUUUUGUUACUGAUAAAAAUUAGAAUCUUUGUAGUCAUUUAUGGUAAUGUGUUUAUGUAACUUUUGAUUGGACAUUUAAGACAGAUGGAUCUGUAGGAGGUAGGUUUAUGGAAAAUAUCGGAUAAGAAGCUGAAGAAAUAUAUAUGAGUAAUUUCAAUAAUUAUUUUGGAAGAUUCUUUUAUGACAAUAUCAUUAAUAUCAUCAUAAAAUUGUUCAUUAUCAAUGUAUUAUUGGCUGUUAUUAUAAUUUCUUAUUCUGAAUUAAGAUCAGUUCAAAAAUAAAAAGAAAAAGAUUAAAAUCAUAAAUGUUUUAUUUGUGGCAUUGAUAGGCUUGUUUUUGAUAAAACUAGUUAAAAUACAGGAUUCUGGCAUCAUAUUAAAGUUGAACAUAAUAUUUGGAAUUAUUUAUUUUACAUGUGUUAUUUGAGAAUGAAGCAAUCAGAUUUUAAUAAUGGUGUUGAUAAUUAUAUAAGAGCUAAAUAAUUAGCUUGCGAUUAUUCUUGGUUUCCUAUUAGAAGAGCAAAAGCAUUAUCUCUUAAGUUACAAAUGCUUGAAACUGUCAAUCAAAAAGUAUAUUUUUAUUAAUAUUAUUUUUAGAAUACAACUUCAAAGUCUAAAUUAAUUGGAUUAUUCCAUUCCUUAAGAAGACUUGUUUGGAUUCAUAAAUAAUUCUGA